AUGGUGAUAAAAAAUUUAAUCACUUUAUUUAUUUUAUUUUCGUUAAUUACAAUAAUUCAUGCACGAUCUGAAGUUCAGUUAACAGAUAUUGCAUCUCCAUGUUAUACUUUAAUUAAUGGUACUCAUCGUAUUGGUUGUAGAACAGGAAAAGAUGGUAAUAAUGGAGUAAUAUUAUUUUUUAAUGAUGAAAAAGAAAUUAAUAAACUUGAAAAAUUAUCAUAUAAUAAAAAAGUUACCAGUGAAUCAUAUAUUCCUGUAAUUGACAUGAAAUAUUUAACUAAAAGUUUUGUUCAAAAACUUAUUUCUAGUGAUGUUAUUACUGGUGUUGUUUUUUAUUCUAAAAAUAUUCAAGAUUUUUCAUUUUCUGAAGAUUCUGAAUGUCCUAAUAAAGAAUUUUCAUACUAUCAAUCAGAUAUAGAACAUGGUUGCCACUGGAACAGUAAUUCAGCUCUCCAUCCUGAUGGUUUAAGAUUUUUAGAUUGGAAAAAACCUGUAUUUUUUUUAACAAAUCAAACAGAAUUGGAUAUUUUAUAUAAAAUUUAUAAAAAAUUUAAUAAUCCAAUUUUAAAUUUAGAACAAGUAUGGAAACCAUUGGCUUUCAUGAAUUUAGGUUUACCUACAGAAAAUGUUAAAAAUACCAAUCAAUGCAAAAAACUUGCUGAUUCAUAUUUUCAAAAUUUUUGGGGUUAUGGAUCACCUGGUAUCUGUGAACCCCUUAUUGAUUAUAAUAUUUUUGUUUCACUGCCAUUUUUUAAUGAUGAAACUAAAAAUAUUGAAACAUUUAUUCUUUCAACUAGAAUGGAUUCUUUCUCAACAUUUCCUAAUACUUCAUUUGGUGAUACUUCUGUCUUAACAUCUUUGAUAGCUAAUAUAGCUGUUGCUGAAGCAUUAGGUAAAAAUAUUGAGUUUAUAGAGAAAUUGUUAAUGGAAAAACAAAAGCAAAUUUUAUUUACCUUUUUCCAUGGUGAAUCAUUUGGAUAUAUUGGUUCUAGUAGAUUCAUCUAUGACAUAAAAAAUAACAAUUUACGUAAUGGAAAAAAUGCCAGAAAAAUUUAUAUUAAAGAUAUAAGUAUGUAUGUUGAAACAAAUAUGUUACUUCCUUAUGAUGAAAAUACCUACAUUAAUCAUAUGCAAAAAAUUUAUUAUGAUAAAAAUGUUCUUGAGGCACAUGGAACAAAAAUAAAUAAGUUUGCUAAUAUCUAUAAAACAACAAUGAAAAAUGAAGGUUUUGAAGUAAAAAAUACUGGGGCUUCACCAAAAAUUCCACCAUCUAGUUAUUAUUCUUUCUUAAAAGAAAAUUCAUCUGUUCCUGGUUUUGUUAUUCUUCCAGCAGAAGUUUCAUAUUACAAUAAUAAACUUAAUACUAUAUCUGAUGUUAAUAUUAGAACAAAUGAAAAUUUAAGAAACAAAACAAUUGAAACUUUGAGGGCUGUCUCGAAAUCUCUCUUAGCAAUGGUAUUAGAAUUUAGUGAAGCAACAAAAUACAAUGAAACAAUAAAAAUAAAUGAUACAUACAUUUCAACUCUUGUGGACUGUUUCUUUUACUCCUCUAAGAAUAUAUGCCCAUAUUUUGAUGAGUUUCUUCGUCAAGAUGGUGUUGAAUAUAAACAUUUUUAUGAAGUUAUUUCACCAUUUAUCUACCCAAAUUCUAACUCCAAUCUUAGAGAUAUUAUUUGGUUAAUUUUAUUAAGAGAAGUAUCUGUUCACACUCCAUAUUCAGUUGUCAAAAGUAAUUGUUCAGAAAAAAAUUCAAAUCCUGAUGAUCCUUAUACAUAUUCUUGGCAAUACUCUCAUGAAAUUGGUAAUUAUCAUUGUUUUAAGUCUCCUGUCUUUGCCUCAACAGCUCAAUCUCCAGCUUUCGAUAUUAAUGAAUAUGAUUUUAUGUCAACAAAUUAUUCUACUUGGGCUGAGAGUGUUCGAAAAGAUCCCUUUAUUAAAGUAUAUUUAGAUUAUGGAAAAACAUAUGAUCUCUGCUUAGUAGCUAGUUCCAUAUUCUUGCUUAUAAUCAACACAAUGAUGAGUUAUGUUGUUUCAAAAUUUCUUUCAAAAAGAAAACAAAGAGGAGAUUUAACAACUAUUGAAGCUACCAAUACAAAUCAAAAUUCCUCAAAUCGGGUUAAUCUAUAA